AUGACUUGUGAGGUUUGUUCAGAGUAUUACACUGACCCCCUCAUGCUUCCCUGUCUUCACUCAUUCUGUAAGAAGUGUCUAAUAAAAGCUAAAGAGAAGCAAGGUCAUAAGAGAAAUAAGAAAGAAGCCAAUCACAAGUUGAUUGACCUAGAAACAAAGGAAUCUGUAGAAUUGCCUGCUAUUAAGCAUGAGGCAGUUUACUGUGCACGACAUUUAGACCAAAAACUGACAUACUAUUGCAACGAUUGCAAUAAACUGGUCUGUCCAGUUUGUCUUAACGUUAAGCAUAAAAGUCACAAUUACAAUGAUUACCUUGAUGAAGGUGAUACAGCACGUAAAGCAUUAAAGGAAAGUAUUGCUAGUUGUGAUGGAGUCAUUCCUCCAGUCACUGAAGCUAUUGCUAAUGGAGAGAAAAUGCUAGAGCAGAUAGCAACACAUAAAGAAGAAGUAAGGCAGGAAAUCAAGGAAACGUUUGAAGAGCUUAAAGCUGCUUUAGAUAAGAGAUGCAAUGAUCUACUAAUGGAGACAGAAGAGAUUGCUAACGCUAAGAAAAAUUCUGUUGAGAAGCAGUUGGAUGGGUUUCGUAAACUUGUAAAACAGGUUUCUCAUGGUCGUCAUCUUGCAUCAUCAGUGAGUGAGCGUACUGAUCCAGGUGAAGUUCUGAGUGUUAAGAAGCUAAUCACCAAUCAACUAGAGGAAUGCAUUGAAGAGUAUAAGAAACUACCUCUAGAAAUAGAAGACAAAGGAGCCAUUUUAACAUGUCUAGAUAUGCUUUCUUUAAGUAAAGAGAUCAAGGAGUUUGGAAGUGUAGAUAUAGCUGCAUACUCCAUUGAUAGUGGGUUAGCUAUUCCAUUGGCAACAGUAAGGAAAGAAAGGAAAUUCAAAGUGGCUCUACCAGCAGGCAUUGAUAAAGCAGCAAGCUAUUUGAAGGGUUCCUUUAUCAAAAGUGAUGGAAGUAAAGAGGAGGGUAGAGUUGUUAUAGUUAAUGAUAACAACACAGCCAUUGUAUCAUGCACACCUCAAAGUAUUGGUGGAUAUGAACUAUCAGUGACUAUAAGAGGUCACCAUAUUAAAGGUAGUCCUUAUCAACUGUCAGUAAAAGCAUCAAGAGACUAUACCACACUAACUAACGAGAGAUCCUUUGAUGUGGGGAAUGGUACCGAUGGUGUUGCUGUUCAUACUAAUGGUGAAGUAUUUGCUAGUAGUGAUGGGUUUGUUCAGGUAUUUAGUGAGGAUGGUGCUGCAGUAAGAAGGAUUGGAUCUAAAGGUAAUGGUAAUGGACAGUUUGAUUGUCCUUGGGGUUUAUUGCUGGUAGGAGACAGGCUCUAUGUGUCUGAUGCUAAUCUUCAUCAUGUGCAGUAUUUCUUAGCUACUACUGGUCAAUAUAUUGGUAAUAUAUUAGUAGCUGAUUACAGCAACAGUAGAGUACAAAUGUUUAAAGAAGAUGGUACAUUUGUACAAGUCAUACAAUGUGAUGGUAAUGCAUCUGAUGUAGCAGUUGAUAAUGAAGGAAAGAUACACGUUACCAUUUGGGAUCAACAUCAUGUUCAAGUCUUCUCUCCUGAUGUUUAUGGUGCUAGUUAUCUUCAUGUAUUGAGUCCUGACAGGAAACAAGUCAAAUUAAUCUCAGGAUUAUCUUCUCCAUGGGGCAUAGCAUUAGAUAAAGGACAUAUUUAUGUUGCUGAAUAUAGCAACAAUUGUAUAACAAAAUAUUAA